AUGUCAAGGAGACAUCCACAGGGCUCAGGCCUUAUCAAACAGGAUGCCGGUAGGAGCCCGUGUGAUCAAUCCUUCGCCCAACCCUUCCAAAAACAAGCUAGCCCGGAAAUUUCCAUCGAUAACCCGAGAGUAUACCUCAGCCUUGCUUCUGCGGCAGGUCUUAACCAGCAAGGCAUUUGUGGCAAUCUAUUUGACCAAUCUUUCGCCCAACACGCACAGCAAGUUGCUCCCGCGAGAUUCGACAGUUUCUCUGUCGUUGGUGAUGGCGAUGCAAGCCCAUACCUCUCCCAAUCUGGGUUUUUGGGCCCCAACCCACCUGUGGAUUCGCAGGCGAUUUCCCUAUAUUCUCCUGUUGGCCCUGCUUCUCUGUCACAGCAACGUUGGCAGAAGUUAGUGAGGGUUAAAGAGAUUAUCAUUGCCGACAGCUCACACUAUACUCAAGACCCCCAAGGUUUUGAUAUACUCAAGCCAUGUUUUUCAGAAGCUGUGGAGAUCAUUGAACAUCUUCUUUCACCCGAACAAGAGGAAGAGAAAGGGGAGGAGGAGCAGGUUUCCCAGGAUGGGAACAGGGGGAAUACAAACUUGUUCCGGUGUUUUCUUUGCGAUGAGAGAAAAAGGACGGAUUACACCAACCGUGGGACGUUUAGCAGGCAUAUCACAACUGAUCAUGCCCAGAGAUUUGAGUUCACAUGUCGGUUAUGCCAUUUUACCUCACGGCGGAGAGACAAAUUGCAUAACCAUAUGAGAGGUGCACACUCAGGUCAUGGACCAUUAACCAAAGAGGAAAUCAAGGCAAAUUCAACACAGCUGUCACCACCCACCUUUUGUUUAUUUUGCGGCACUCCCGUGGAUUCGUGGAAAAGCCUCCUAAACUGCCUCUGCUCUCACUGCGCUUUAACCCAAAAUGGUCAUCGGCAAAGGCAAGAUGGAGAUGAUAGGAAUGAUGGCAAUGGAGGCCGGGACGACGGCUCUGGAGGCGCCCAAUUCCCUCCUUCAGAUUCUAGUGGCAUGAGAGGCUCCCAGGGCACAAGUGGUGGCGAGAACUGA